UCCCCGUGUAAACGUCAAUUCCAAUUUCUCCUUACACGCCAUGGGGACUACGGGCAGCGACGUCGAAGCCGGCUUUGCAAAGCUGCAAGGCGAGGAUUUUGAGUACUACAUGCAAACAUACUCCAUUAUAUUGGGCCGCAAUUCCAAGAAAUCAACCGUAGAUGUUGACCUGUCCAGCCUCGGUGGCGGCAUGAACAUCUCCCGUCACCAUGCUCGCAUCUUUUACGACUUCACGCGCCGGCGUUUUGCCCUAGAGGUUCUUGGGAAAAAUGGCUGCUUGGUUGAAGGCGUCCUUCAUCUCCCUGGAAACCCUCCUGUCAAGCUUGAUUCUCAAGAUCUGUUACAAAUUGGGGAUAAAGAGUUCUAUUUUCUGCUUCCUGUGAGGAGUAUUUUGGGCGGCCAUCUUGGACCCAGGCAUCAUGUGGCGAUGAUGCCACAGUUUGGUUAUCAUUCCGCUGGGGCAGAGAGGAUUGGGCCAGUGACGGUGGCGGGAGUUAAAAAAGGGAGAAGAGAAUUUUACGAGGAUGAGUAUGAUGAUGAUGAGGAGAUUGGCGGUGGUAGUGGUGGAAAGAAAAUUAGGAGAGAGGGUUUUGAGCGGUACGGCUACGGUGCAGGCGGUGGCUCCGGUGGUAAAGUGGGAUUGGCUGGAGCUUUAGUUCCUGCAGAGAAGAAAAUAGACGGAAGAUCAAGGGUUGAUCGUGAUUCCGACAAUCAUCAACUUAUGCAAUUGGAGGAAAAAGAUGUGGUGUCAUCUGUUGCUACAGUGCUUUCUGAUCUCUGUGGUCCUGGAGAAUGGAUGCCUAUGGAGAAACUCCAUGCUGAGUUGGUGGAGCAAUAUAGCAAUGUCUGGCAUCAUACUCGGGUAAGGCGAUAUCUCACAUCUGAGGAUUGGCCUGGUCCUGAACCCAAAGGGAAACCCUGGUACGGCUUGCUUAUGUUGUUGAGAAAAUACCCAGAGCACUUUGUCAUCAACACAAGGUCCAAGGGUCGUAUAACACUGGAGUUUGUCUCUCUUGUCUCUCUGCUUUCAUAAGCUCCUGAGAACAUGACUAGGCUCUUCCCCUCGCACGGUCUACCCGCAAAGCUGCAUGCUGUUUAUCCUCAAAUUGAAUUAAGUUGCAGAUUCUUUAUCUUGAAUCUUGGAUGAGAUCGGGGCUUGCUGCUUGAAAAUAUGUAAAUGAAAUGCAGCCUAAACCAUUGUGCAUCUUUUCUUGAUGUCUGUGUCAUGAAUAUUCUGUACAUGAUGUUUUUGAUGAUGCAACUUUACAUCUUUUUCGGGACAGAUCUUCUAUUUCUUAAGCACAUGCUUAAUGACGUGGAAAUUUCACUGCCUUCAGAAUUUUUCUAGCUAUCCAUUACUGCUGUUGACCAAUCCCCAAGAGUUGAAUUCGUAGAUCCAGUCUCCACCAAGCCAACGAUGUUGCUGGCUGAUCCAUCAAUGAGAUGAAUGUUGUUCAAUUAUGUAGCCUCAGCUUCCAGAUUCCUAUGUUAAAUAUUGUUGAAACAUGUCAAAGAGAUAAUAUGUACACUUACUGUCC